AUGACAAUUAGCCCAUUUCAUAAAGAUGCCCCUUCAAACUAUUCAUUGUAUCGGGCCAACGAUGAAAGAUCCAAAGUAGUAAAAGAAAUCAUCACUACUGAAACUGAAUAUGUUAACUGCCUUAAAGAUAUAGUCAAAUACCAGAAACUAAAAUCUUCUACUUUCUUGGAACCUCGUUUUGAACUUCGUUCAUAUAUCAAUAAGCCCAUGGAAAGAUUAGUUGAGUAUCCAAAGCUUUUGAGCCAACUUAUGAAAGCUUCGCAUAAUGAUCUUUCUUGCUUUAAUGCGCUAUCUAAAGCAAAAGAUCAAACGGAAAACUUGGUCAGACACUUGUAUAAAUUACAUCAACGUAUUGAAGAUACUCAUACCCAGUGGCUAAAGAUAAAGCCAAAAGUAAUUUGGAAUGGUAUCGACAAUAUUCAAGGAGAAUUAUUACAUUUCUCUAAAGUUUUAGCCACAUUCGAGAAUAUAGGACAAUAUUUGGCAUUGUUAUUUGGGAAAAGUAUAAUCUUUUGUAUUGAGGUUGACAGUAGGCAAAAGAAUGGUUAUUUAGACAAGAAAUUGUAUCACUUGAAAUGGUUUGAACUAUACUACGAAGCUAAUAUAGCUAUACCCAUUUCACAAAUCUCGGAGCUAAACUCUUCCAAUUGUACCGUUACGAUUUUGGGAAAAGGGAGGCAAAGAGCCGAUAUCAGGUUUGAAAAUCCAUCUACCUAUCCAUACGAAGUUCAAAGCCCGUCUAAAAAUAAGCUCUUAAUAUCAAACAAUAAUCCAACUGUUGGCAGUGUUGAUAUUGAGAAAUUUCCAACAGGGAUUUGCGGAUUCAAGGAGUUUUUUUGA